AUGGCGCAUCCAGCGGACGGGACGGAGCUAGAGUUCGUCUGCCUGGAAGACGGUGCAAUGCCGUCAGAAAAUGGUAUAAACAUUUUCACGGAUGGGAGUAAGCUGGAGGGUAAGGUUGGAGCCGCACUGUCCGUAUGGCACGGCGAUGCGGAAACCAAAACCCGAAAGCUGAAACUGGAAAACUAUUGCACCGUCUUUCAGGCGGAACUACUGGCGCUUAACGAAGCGGUUAAAUGCGCGCGAAGUUCCUCAGAAUGUUGCCACAACAUCCUGUCAGACUCCCGAUCGGCCUUACAGAUGGUCAUAAAUCCAAAUGCGAAUCACCCACUGGCAAUACAAGUAAGGAAUAAUAUAAAAGAGAUUAGGGAACAAAGUAAAAGAAUAAAUUUAUACUGGAUUAGAGCGCAUAUCGGAACGGUCGGAAAUGAAAGGGCUGAUGAGUUGGCAAAAGAGGCUGCGUUAAAAACUAAAAGGAAGGCCGAUUACGACAAAUGUCCGGUUUCAUUCGUCAAGCGACAAAUCCGAAAGGACUCGCUUGACGAAUGGAACCGGAGAUAUAUGGAAGGGACGACAGCUUCUACGACAAAAAUCUUCUUCCCAAACGCGAUAGAGGCAUAUAAAAUAGUUAGAAAAAUCGAGAUGGAGGCAACAAUGGUGCAGGUGUUUACGGGGCACGGCGGGUUCUCCAAAUACUUGCAUCGUUUUAAGUGCAAGGAGGACCCGUCGUGCUCAUGUGAAUCGGGAACUGAGCAAGACGUUUUACAUCUGAUAGUAGAUUGUCCGAUAUACAAUAGACAGAGACACGAC